AUUCCCAUGUAUAUAUAUGAUAUCUAUGUUCCGCAGAUGGGUCGGUAUCUACACAGGUUAGCCGUGAGGGCAGGGACACAGGUCCUGUCCCCCAUCCCGGAGUCGCCAUCUACGACCCCUCCCCCAGAUAGCGAUGCUGACACUGGUAGUCAAGCCAAAGAUGACACAGAGACAAAUAUAGUUCAGUCGGGUGUCAGUGAAUCAGUGAAAAGAGAGGAAAGUCCAAAGAGCCAAACAAUCAACGUAGAAGAAAGCUUUGUGGAACAUCUCAUGAGCCUCAACGAGGAGUACAGAGAGCAGUUGGAGGCCACGAGAAAGGAACUACGGAUGGAAAGAGAAAGUAAAGCUCAGAUUGUGAAGGAUCUGGAACACUACCGGGUCGAAUACAAGAACUUCAAACUCAGCUGGACCAUGGACCAGGCUGAGAUCACCGACCUCAAGGCUCGAGUCCAGACACUGGACACCUUCCAGAGGCAGAUGAAGCGGAUGAACGAUACAAUUACUCGCCUUGAGAGAGAAAAUAACACGCUCAAGGCCCGCUACUUAGAUACUGAUGGACAGACGCCUGUAUUUGAGGAGACUAGAGCGGCAAUGGCCCCAAAGAUGCCAUCUCCUCCUGCUGAAGGCCACGCACGAAGACGGCCGUACACAGGCAAAGCAAGAGAUGUGAAGACGCCAGUACUGCCGCCAAUCACAGACAACAACAACGUCGUCAUGUCUUCGAAACAGACAGCGUCCUCUGAUAAAAAGGGAGCUAACUCUCCAACACAUCUGCCGUCCCUGGGGAACAUCUGCCCCACCCCACCAUCACGUCCACGUGAAGACGCUCCCAGCAGACGUCAAAGCAGGAUUCCUCUCGUGUUCCCGCCAAUCCGCGGAGCAUCGUCUGUGGGCAGUAUCCCAUUCGAUCACCAGCCAAAGCAGGAGAGUGGGCGCACCUCAAGAGCCUCUCAGAGCAGCAGGAGGCGCCAUGAAUAAAGAGGAUGGAUGGACAGGAUGUGACAUGGAUAGGGAGGGUGGACUUGGCCUAACAUUAGCUGAUAAAAUGGACAUUGGCAAGGAGCAUGGAUAACAUGGAUGGGUGGAUUAAGAUCUGAAAGCAACAUUUCUCGUUCAACUGUUGCUCAUUCGUGUCAUCCAGUUGUCAUGCUAUGUCACAACCUUUAAGUACUACCCACUCCAUGAUCCAACAGGUCACAUAGACUCCUCGCCACCUGCCCAAACAUGCUCACUGUGUCGACAUGGCUCAAACCUUCACACCCUGUCCCCCACCAGCUCGCAGUUCCAGCAACUUGUGUAUAUCUGCACACCUCAAGGUCUCAUGUAGGCUUCAUACCUCUAAACGUGUGUUCAGGUGUUGGCAUUAAUAUAAACGUGCAACUCUGUGCAUCAGUGAUUAUCAAUCUGUGAUGGAAAUAGUUUUUUUCCGAAUAUUAUCCCAAAUAUUUCAAACAAAGUUUUGUUUUGAAUUUAGUUAGUCUAUUUUAUCGCUAUAUUGUUUACAUGCUCUAUAUUUGUUAUUUAUAUAAAUCCAAACAUUUAAAAUGGUGCUGAUGUAAAAAGAA